AUGAACAUCCUCAACCUCCCUCAAGAGCUUAUUGCAAUGCUUCCUCUCCACAUCCACACCAUCGAAGACUUCAUGAAUUUAUCAUCAACUUGUGUCACUCUUCGAAAUGGCCUAUCAAGAACCACUCCCAAUCAGAUUCUUCGUAUGGCAGCGGCACAACGCCGGAUCUUCUUUCGACCAGAUCCUCAUUUUCUCAUAGCCGCUACAGCUCGUCAACUUAGCGAAUGGGCUCUUCUGAGUUCAGAGAAUACGCACAUCCUUAGGGAGGCAUUCAAGGACGGUCCAGAUGCGUUGCUCGAACUAUGCAUCGAGAAGAGCGGGAUUACAAUGGAGGAAAUCCGGAGGCUACAUGCACUUCGCUUCACAGUUCUCAACCCUGUCGCGGAUCUUAUUGAUCGUGCAGCUGGCAAGCAGUGGUAUGAUGUUCCAAAUUUCUGGGAAGGUGGUAGGUCUGAUGCAGGCACCAUCUUCUGUGAGCCAGAGAGAGCCAUGUACCAGAUUAUUACAUACGGCGAGCUGUUUUCGUCGACCUUGAAAGCUGUUUUGUACCCAGAGCUUGGAUUGCCAAAGCAUGAUUUAGACACAAGACUUGAUUAUCUCAUGUACUGCGUCCCGGAUUCGGUCUGCGAACCACGUAGGAGGUUGGUUUCAUGUGCAGAACCACGCGGGCUUUAUGCUCCAGGCAGGAAAAUCGUUGAAGCAGAUCAGAUGGCACUUCGACAUCUUCUACGGACUCGUAAGUGGAGGGAACCGUUCGAGGCCAUUCAGGAGACUAUUGGGCCAAAGUAUGAAAGCGAAGAUGAUAACGAGGUCCAUUGGAAGCAAAAGUUGUGGAUAUCAGCGGCUCAAUGUCGGGGUUUUGAUAGCGUGACUGCUUUACAGCUGGGUGCUUCUAGUCAAUACACAAAAUCCCUUGAGGAUGAUAGGACUCGGAUUGACAUUAUGGAGACGGAACCGCAGCGUUUUACAAUCGGAAGCAGGAGGAAUCCUGCCCAUGAAUUUCCCCACAUGGGCGAUGAGGUAUUCCUUUGCAUGAGAGGCUACUGGCAGUUUGAUUAA